CUGGGAUCAAUUGUGUAAUACUCAGAAUCGGCUUCCUAGGACGAGAAAAAUUGGUAUUUUUGUAACUUGCAAAUGUUCCACUUCGCGUUUGUUCUGUUUGCUGUGAGCAAACAGCAUUAACAUGGUGGAUGCGACUGCAGCACGAGCCCGAUGGGAAAUGGAGAAUCGGGUAGAAGAUGUUGGCACGGACGCCAUUUUCCACUAUGAUGCGCAGCAGAAUCGAGAUAUUCUGAAUGCGAAGCCGUGGGAAAAAGACCGCAAUUACUUCAAGGAUAUCAAGGUGUCCGCAUUAGCCCUUCUAAAAAUGGUAAUGCACGCUCGCUCUGGAGGGAAUCUCGAAGUGAUGGGAAUGCUUAUAGGUAAAGUGGACGUAAACGUCAUGAUUGUUAUGGAUUCGUUUGCCCUUCCUGUCGAAGGGACUGAAACGCGUGUGAAUGCUCAAGCUCAAGCUUACGAAUACAUGGCCACGUACACAGAAUCGUGUAAAAAUGUUGGUAGACUGGAAAAUGUAAUCGGAUGGUACCACUCUCAUCCUGGUUACGGAUGCUGGCUUUCUGGAAUCGACGUGUCAACCCAGAUGAUGAACCAGCAAUUUCAGGAGCCAUUUGUUGCUAUUGUUAUUGAUCCGGUCAGAACAAUCUCCGCUGGGAAAGUCAACCUCGGGGCUUUCCGCACUUACCCAAAGGGCUUCAAGACUCAAGAUAACGGUGUGUCAGAGUAUCAGACCAUUCCACUGUCGAAGAUCGAGGACUUUGGUGUACAUUGUCGAGAGUAUUAUUCGCUCGAUGUAAGCUAUUUUAAGAGCUCUCUAGAUGCAAGUCUUCUUGAUAACCUGUGGAAUAAGUAUUGGGUUAAUACCCUUAGCAGUUCAACUCUCCUGACCAACUCCGAGUACAAUACAGGCCAAAUUAUGGAUCUGGGCGACAAGCUGUCAUCUGCAGCUAAUCAAAUGCGUCUGGAUAACAUGAUGGGUGUCGCCGACGAGGAACAGUGUCAAUUGAGCAAAGCCACACGGGACGCGUGCAAAAGCACUGUAGAAAUGCUUCAGGGACUUAUGACACAGGUUUUGAAAGAUCGUUUGUUUAAUCAAGUGAGCUUCAGGUGUGCGAAAGAAGUUUCACCAGCUGUUCCUCAAGGCGCGUCCUAAUCCUGAAGGAUAGGGAUGUUUGUCCCAUUUGUGCUAUAAACGUAUUUAAAAAAUGUAGAACCCUUACUAAUUUUUAUUUAGAACACAAUGCAAAAUCUUUGAAAGAAGAUAUUUUGGAGGCGCGUGCUCAUGCAGAUUUAAUCAAAUUUGCCCGUCGUUUUUUCUAAAAUUGUGCGAACUCAAUUUAUGCGAGGAAAUUUCUUAUCUGAGUUUUGUUUCCGAGGUUAAAACAAUAAAAAGCCAAAUCAGUUUGGUGACUAAAUUAUUUCAUAAAAAUAUCGUACCUGAA